GGGCGGGAGCUGAGGCCCCGCCCCUCUCUGCGGGGCGACGGUUGAGCGCGAGGCGCGAGCGGACGAACGAACCAACCGCCGAGACCAGACGGGACGAGGUGAGGCGAUGGCGGACGAUGAGCCGCUGCCUUCCGGCUGGGAGAAGCGAAUGAGCCGCAACACGGGUCAGAUAUAUUACUUCAAUCACAUGUCCAAUCAGAGCCAGUGGGAGCGGCCGACAGGAAGUGACUCGGGCGGUGGGGAACACGACAAAGUGCGCUGUUCACACCUGUUAGUGAAGCACAACCAGUCUCGGAGGCCAUCGUCCUGGCGACAGGAGAGAAUCACACGGACCAAAGAAGAGGCACUAGAGAUAUUAAAUGAUUAUAUCCGAAUGAUCAAAUCGGGAGAGGCUACGUUUCAGAGCUUAGCAUCAAAAAACAGUGACUGCAGCUCGGCAAGGGAAGGAGGUGACCUGGGAUAUUUUGGGCGAGGUCAAAUGCAGAAGGCCUUUGAAGAGGCCACGUACCUUCUGAAGGUGGGCGAGAUGAGCGACCCAGUCUUUACGGAUUCUGGGAUCCAUAUCAUCCUCCGGACCGGAUAAAAUGCCUCCUCUCCGGGAGGGGGGCGGGGAGGGGGGGGAGCAGAUCGUCACCGCGGGAGACUUUUUUUUCGGAUUGGGGG